AUGGAUCACAUAGGGGCCCAUGCCGCUCAUCACACCCACUCCCAGCACGAACCCAUUAGCUUUGGAAUAGACCAGAUCUUGAACAAUCCGGAUCAAGGGGGCUGCAUGAUCCCGAAUUCCCGACUCCAGGAUGUGGACUAUGGCCUGGGAUGUAUGGUGGGCGGUAACUACAGCAACAUGGCCGUGAACUACAGUAACAACGGCGGCGGGGGCGGCUAUAAUAACGCCUGCAGCCUGGCCCCGCUGGCGGGCCCGUACGGGGUCAACCUGGCCAUGAACAAUAACGGCUUAAACCCCGCGGGUGUGAUCAGAGUACCGGCCCAUCGGCCCAUCACCACUGGGGUGCAUCAGCCUAUGGGCACUGGAGUGGCAGCCGUGCCCAACUCCAAUAGCAACCUGAGCAACCUAACCUUCCCUUGGAUGGAAAGUAACAGGAGAUACACCAAGGAUAGAUUCUCAGUGACACUCUCUCCUUUCACCGUGACCCGCCGGAUAGGACACCCGUAUCAAAACAGAACCCCUCCAAAAAAGAAAAAACCCCGGACCUCCUUCACUCGGCUCCAGAUCUGCGAGUUGGAAAAAAGGUUUCACAGGCAGAAAUACCUGGCUUCAGCCGAGAGGGCGGCCCUGGCCAAAGCUUUGAAAAUGACCGACGCUCAAGUUAAAACCUGGUUCCAGAACCGGCGGACCAAGUGGAGGCGGCAGACAGCGGAGGAGAGAGAGGCGGAGCGACAGCAAGCUAACCGCAUCCUGAUGCAACUUCAGCAAGAAGCUUUCCAGAAGUCCCUGAGCCAACCCAUCCAGCCCGAUCCCAUCUGCCUGCACAACUCAUCCCUGUACGCCCUGCAAAACCUGCAGCCGUGGUCUGACGACAGCACCAAGAUCGCCUCUGUCACCUCCGUGGCCUCGUCCUGUGAAUAA